CCACACCGGUGCCUCCUUAGCGUCCCGCUGCCGCGGAUCUGAGGGCCCCCUGAGAGGCACCUGCGCAAGAACUUCAGCCUCUCUCCGGGGAGCGGGCCGCGUCCCGAGGCCGGGUCAGCCCCGAGGCAGCCACUGGACAGCCGCUCCCAAGAGGACGAGCGCCGCGACUCCUGGGCACCCGGCGGAGUCCGCGGGACGGCGUUCCGAGGUAGUUGGUCCUCUCCGGGUAGCCUUCGGCGUCCGGUGGCCUGCCGGGCAGAGUCCACGUGACUCGGGGCAACAGGCAGGAGCAUGGCUGCCACCAGACCGCUGUCCCGCUUCUGGGAGUGGGGGAAGAACAUCGUGUGCGUGGGCAGGAACUACGCAGACCACGUCAGGGAGAUGCAGAGCGCCGCACUGAGCGAGCCGGUGCUCUUCCUGAAGCCGUCCACCGCCUACGCCCCCGAGGGCUCGCCGGUCCUCGUGCCCGCCUACACCCGCAACCUGCACCACGAGCUCGAGCUGGCCGUGGUGAUGGGCAAGCGCUGCUGCGCCGUCCCAGAGGCCGCAGCCAUGGGCUACGUGGCCGGCUAUGCCCUGUGCCUGGACAUGACCGCCAGGGACGUGCAGGACGAGUGCAAGAAAAAGGGGCUGCCCUGGACUCUGGCCAAGAGCUUCACGGCCUCCUGCCCGGUCAGCGCGUUCGUGCCCAAAGAGAAGAUCCCUGACCCUCACAACCUGAAGCUCUGGCUCAAGGUCAACGGCGAACUCAGGCAGGAGGGUGAGACAUCCUCCAUGAUUUUUUCCAUCCCCUACAUCAUCAGCUACGUUUCAAAGAUCAUGACCUUGGAAGAAGGAGAUGUUAUCUUGACCGGGACGCCAAAGGGAGUGGGUCCCGUUAAAGAAAACGAUGAGAUCCAGGCUGGCAUACACGGGGUCGUCAGUAUGAGAUUUAAGGUGGAAAAGCCGGAAUAUUGAGUGUAUCCAAAGCACCCUAACUUCUUAACACGUUUCAGGGGGAAGGGGAACAAGAUAAAAGCAAGAAAAGGUUAUUUAAUGUGAUAAUCCUUUAAUGAGAAACCAAUUUUUUAAAAAUGAUUGGAUUGCUAUGCCUCAACUCAAGGAAGAUGGACCGUCGGAGAAAAACCUGAUCUAGAAGAGCUGGGCCAGAAAUGGAAAUGAGAAGCAGUGCCUCCUAGGAAACAACAAGCCAAAUGUUCAGAAAACUUACUUUCCUUUCCUAAAACUGGACCGGAUAAGACUUAAGUGGGUCAUUCUGCGACCACGUGUUCAAGACUUAAAAUCUGCAAAGGAAAUGGAAAAGCACGUUUCAUCAGUGUUUCCCAAAGUUCCUUGAUGAUGAAAAUCAUCUGGAGGUAUUUGUAAAAGUAAAAAUUUCCAAAUUGCUGGGCCAUCCCAGGCCUAAUAUAUUAAUUAAUGGAAUCAAUCUCUGGCACUCCAAGUGAUUCUUAUCAUGCAAAUGUGGAAAAACACUACUCCACAUAGUUAAUUAAAAGUUUUAUUUAAUAAGUGAGCAAUUAAUGAAAACCUCACUUGUUUACUUAGGGUGUGUAUUCUGGCCCAUAGAUUCUGAGUUCGGGAGAUAAUUUUGAAACUAUUGUUUCCCAAAUAAAUAUGCUGUCUUUUGUGUGA